AUGGAUCAGCAAAGCGGAAUAUCUCAAUUGCUUGAAUAUUUGAAUAAAAGAGAUGAGUGUCCAACCUCGAACGAUUACAAUGGGGAAAACUUUGGUGCUCGUAUAUCGUCCAUCUUUGUGAUUAUGGCAACCUCGGCGAUUGGUACAUUUUUUCCCUUGUUAUCAUCAAAAUAUUCAUUUAUAAGAUUGCCUUGGUGGUGCUUUUUUGGUGCCAAAUAUUUCGGUAGCGGUGUUAUUGUGGCUACUGCAUUUGUGCAUUUAUUAGAACCUGCAUCGGAUUCCUUAACUGCUGAGUGCUUGACUGGUCCAAUUACCGAGUACCCGUGGGCUUUUGGUAUUUGUCUAAUGACUUUAUUUUUGUUGUUCUUUUUCGAAUUGGUUGCUUAUCGUAUCAUUGACAGAAAGAUCGAGUCAUUUGGUCAAGAUGGAGAAGAGGAAAUUGGAGGACAUUCUCACUCCCACUUUGGCGAUGAGUCAAUGUAUGUUAAAAGGGGUACUGAGAAGAGAAAGGACAAAAAUGAGCAAGAGGAAGUUGAAGUUGAAGAGGAAGAUAAGGAUGAGAAAUACGAAACAGUUUCUGAGCAUCCAAUUACUGCCAAAAGUAAUGAUAAUCCAUAUCCAAACCAUUUCCAACAUGCUUUUGAACAUCAAGAUCCGGAAGUCGUAGGAACACCAGUGAAUGAUCACAGUAGAGAGCAAUACUAUGGACAAUUAUUAAACGUGUUUGUAUUGGAAUUUGGUAUUAUUUUUCACUCGGUUUUCAUUGGUUUGUCAUUGGCUGUAGCUGGUGAUGAGUUCAAAAGUCUUUAUAUUGUUCUUGUUUUCCACCAAAUGUUUGAAGGUUUGGGUUUAGGUACAAGAAUUGCGGCAACAAAUUGGGAAUCGAAAAAGUAUACUCCGUGGCUUUUGGCUUUGGCAUACACCGUAUGUACUCCCAUUGCAAUAGCAAUCGGCUUGGGUGUUAGGCACUCCUACCCACCAGGUUCAAGAAAAGCAUUGAUUACAAACGGAGUCUUUGAUUCUAUUUCUGCUGGUAUUUUGAUAUACACAGGUCUUGUUGAAUUAAUGGCCCAUGAGUUUUUGUAUAGCGGCGAAUUUAAAGGACCUUCAGGUUUCAAGAAAAUGAUGAUUGCUUAUUUUAUCAUGUGCUGGGGUGCCGGAUUAAUGGCAUUAUUAGGUAAAUGGGCCUGA